GUUGAAAAUGUACCUAUGCAAACAAAAACACUCCAAAUCCAAAACCCAACCCAAGGAUGCCGCAAAGGGAUGUCAACAGAAUAUAUAAUUAACCUUAAAAUUACAAAUUUUUAUUUAAAUUAAUAAUAUUUAACCAGUGGUAGUGCGCUAUCGAUAAAAAAUGUUUGGUUUGUCAGUAAAAUUUAGGGCUUCCCGAUGUGUAUUUACCAUAGUAAAUCGAUGUUUUGGUGGUGAGCUGGAGAAUAAGUAUUCAGAGGUACAGAAAGAAAAGAUACUGAAUGUUAUGAAUGAUGAUGUAUCCCUUUUGUCAAGGUGUUUAUGGAUAUGAGAUAACCAAAGCAAGACUAAAGAAUUUCACCACCUGGGUUCAAAAAAAUGGCCAAAUAAAAAACUUAUCAGAUAUAAAAGCCAUAGAUGGUUUCACUAAGAAAAAUUCUGAAAAAUUGUUUGAUAGUAUAAUAAAUGGACCACCAAAAAAUGUUCAGAAUCUCAGUAAAAAGAUCAAAGGUCAAGUACUGCAUCCACAUUUAAGCGAGACUUUGAGACAGAAUUGCAAAUCUGUGUUAGCAGUGUAUAUUACAGUAAACUCAGUGUGUUGGACACUCAUCGAUAAAGCCAAUUAUGAGGUACUAGAAUGGAGGUACCAUGGUAUUGACUACCCAGACAGUAAGAAGAUGCAAAUCACUAAUAUAUUGGAUAUUGCAUGGGACAUCACAAACCAAUUACCAACCGCCGAUAUCUACGUCAUGAAGGCAGAGGCCACCAGCCUCCGAGCAGCUGGUAGCGACCCCAACAAUCCCAAAGUUCUAGGUGUUAAUUUACAAAAGGCUCAACUUAUAGCUAUGAUCGUUGCACUUAUUAAUGCUAAAAACAGCUUCUACGUAGAUGGGGCAAAUGAAGAGAGUAGUGAAAAAUUGGAAUUCAAACAGAAAGUCUAUUUCCUGAGACCUUCGCUUCCGUUUCGGUUGUACGGCACCCUAGUUGGCAACGAAAGAGUAUCAACAGACCAAACAGUGGAAACUCUCCUACAAGAAGUAAAAAAUAGAGAGUCGAAUUCUCAAGUGUAUGUCCCUGAUAAACUGGUAACAAUGUUUAGAAACCAAAAGGACCUACAGAAGGACAUGUUGGGCCAAUGUUUGUUGUUGGCCCUAACUUUCAUGGAUGUGUGCGUUUAUUUGAACAAGGAUAGUAUAAACAAACUGUUGAAACGUGGCGAAUGAUUGUUGAAGAAAUAAAUGAAAAUUGGGACCUCUUUGGCCAUGGAAUAUGUGUGUGUAUUGUACACUUAAAUAGAUUGUUGAAACAAGGUAAAUGAUUUUUGAAGAAAUACAAUUUGAUGUAUUUGAUGAGAUUUCCUGAUGUAUUUAUUGUAAGCGAUACAGAAGGAUAUGUUUGGCAUAUUAUCCUAUCUUUGUUAUUGGCUGUUAAGUCUUGGCUACUAUAUGAAUAAGGUUAGUACUAACAAACAAUUUGUUAAAAAGCAGCGAAUAAUUGUUGAUUUAUUGAUUAUGAAAUAGAUUGUUUAUGGAAUUUA